AUGUUGAUAUCACUUGAUGUUGGUUACAACAGGUUAUCAGGAGAACUACCCAAGUCUCUGAUUAACAGCACUCGUCUCCAGUUUCUGAACGUGGAAGAAAACAUAAUCACCGACACCUUUCCAGACUGGUUGAGAGUCUUGCCUAUUCUAGAGAUUCUUGUUCUUCGUGCCAACGAGUUCCACGGACCAAUAUCUUAUCUUGAAAGUUCUUUCAGUCCCCCCAAGCUGCGAAUCUUUGACAUUAAGAAAAAUAACUUCACUGGGGUCUUGCAAUCAGAUUUCUUUGCUGCUUGGAGCGCCAUGUCAUUACCGGUUGUGUACUUCGAAGGUGAUUCGCAGUAUAGGUUUUCAGGAGUUGGCAAACCACACUAUCAGGCGUCUGUGGCUCUGACAAAUAAAGGAUCGAAAAUGAAGCUGGUUGGGAGUGGUUUCACAAUCUACAAAACCAUCGAUAUCUCUAGAAACAGAUUCCAAGGAGGCAUUCUCAAAUCCAUCGGUUUACUGAAUGAACUGAUUGUGCUCAACAUGUCAAACAACGCUUUCACAGGCCCUAUUCCACCGUCUUUGUCAAACAUAACAAGUCUUCAGUCAUUGGAUCUGUCUCAAAAUGGAUUAUCCGCUAAAAUCCGACCGGAGCUCGGGAAACUCACUUUUCUGGCGUGGAUGAAUUUAUCAUACAACAGACUUGAAGGUCCAAUACCUCAAGGCACUCAAAUUCAAAGCCAGAAUAUUUCUUCAUUCGCUGAGAAUCCUGGGCUAUGCGGUGCUCCUCUUCAAAAAACUUGCAGUGGAGGAGAAGAAGCAAGAAAUCAAGAUGGAGAAAAGGAAGAAAAAUAUCAAGUAUUGAGCUGGACUGCAGCUGCAAUAACAUAUCUACCUGGUGUAUUCUGUUGA